AGCCGUGUCUGUUGGAUUUACUCCUCGGCUUGUAAACGUCGGAGUUACGGUGCCAGUUCAAUAUCGAUAUCGGACAAAACGCGUUUGUCGGGCACCAGAAAUAACGUACGUACGUUUUCAUGUGCGCCGGAUUUUCGUCGUUUGUGUAUCGGCUAAGUGUGAAUCGUGAAUGACAAACGUUAAUCCUCCAUUUUUUUGGUGACUCCAAUUAGUAGUGCAUGAGAAACAGACGUUUAUAUUUGUGCCAGGCCAAGUUCAAGUUCGCAGGAGACCGACAUGCCAUCGUUUCGUGACGACAUCAUCUCUGGAGAAUCUUCGAACGCUAUAUCGAACCUCAGCAACAUCGCCAAUAUGGUGCCGCAUUAUAAUCAAACGAGCCUCGCGUAUCGCCAACAGCAGCAACAGGUCGCUGACAACCAGCAGCAACAUCAACUGAUAAUGCAGCAAGCACAUCAGCAAGCAUCGACGCAACAGGUCCAGCCGCACACCGCGGUUGCGGUUGCGGCUCCCGCCGCCAUUGAGGGGACCCAGUAUUGGUACGGAUAUCCGUCCAGAGCGAUACCCGCGACACCGGCGUUGCAUCCUCAGCAUCAGCCGAGCCCGAUUCCCCCGCAGUUCUUCAACCCGGAAAUGAUAUCAGGAUGGCACUACACGACCCAGUACUCGCCGUACCUACAUCAGUAUCAGCCGCAGCACCUACACUUUCAAACGCAAUCGCAGUCGCAACAACAUCACACGCAAGAACUGGAGCAACAUUCACCGUCUGAACAGCGCAUCCAGCAACACUUGUCGCAGUCACAUCUGCAACAGAGCUCACCGCCCGAGCAACUCUAUCAGCACCCGUCUCCGCAGCAACACCUCCAACACAACUCGCCGCCCCAACAGCUCUGCCAACAGCAUCCGUCACCUCAUCAACACCUGCAGCAAAGCUCGCCGCCUCAGCUGUGUCAGCAGCACAGUCAGCAGCUGACCGCUUCGUCGCCGCAACAGCUGCAGCAAAAUUCCCCGCCGCAGCACACCCAGCCGAAUCCGUUGCCGCAGCAACGCAUCCAGCAACGAUCGUUGCCGAAGCACCACCAUCUUCAGGAGAACUCGCCGCCGCAGUUCUUCCAGCAGAAUUCGCCGCCGCAAUAUCUCCAGUCCCAAGUGCCAUCGAGGGAACAGGACUAUGAAAUUUCCUACAGGCGACGGAUGUUGAAAUGGGGCAUCAGAAACAUGAACAUCGAUAUGGCGCUCCGUAAUCAACAUCCGUCAGCGACCGCAAGGAUGAACGGCAACGUAGACGGCAACGUGAACGGCAGUAUGAACGGCAGCCUGAACGGUAGCAUGAACGGUAGCAGUCACAACAGCAACAAUAGCACUUCGCCCACAACGCCAACCAAUUUCCACAUGCCAUACGAUGACUUGCCUUGUACGUCUCGCAACAUGAACCUGUCGUCCACAUCCGGCAACGUAAACCUGCUACCGGCAGGCAUGAACCUGCCGUCCACAUCGAGAGACAUGCCGUCUACAUCGAGAGACAUACCGUCCAGAGAUAUGCCGUCCACAUCAAGAGACAUGUCCACAAGACGGCAUCAAUUGUACACCUCCCAUAGGAUCCAGGGGAGAAGGAGUCCGUACGAGUGGAUGAAGAGGCCGUCGUACCAAAGCCAACCUAAACCAGCAUGCAACGCCGAGACUGUCGGCGGCGCGGAUUCAACGUCGCCAAUUAACGAACUCUGUUGCCGGCUUGAAAUUCUCGGGAAGACUCGCACAAAAGACAAAUACCGAGUGGUCUACACGGACUAUCAAAGACUAGAACUCGAGAAAGAAUUUCACAUGAAUCACUAUACCACUAUCAAACGCAAGUCGGACCUCGCGACGCAGCUCGGUCUCACGGAGCGUCAGAUAAAGAUCUGGUUUCAAAACCGACGGGCGAAGGAGCGGAAGCUGCUGAAGAAGCAGCAGGAGCAAUCGAGAGAGCGGCAGAUGAGAGCGCAGGACGUUGUGGCGGCCUCCGCCACGAUGGAGGCGAUGGCUGGAGGAAUCAUGGGUUUUGCCGCCGCCGGCGCGGAGAUGGGUGGGAUGCUGGGCGGUCUGAUGCAGGCCAACGAGAGCACCUCCUCCGCACCGCAUCCAGCAACGUCGACGACGUCGACGUCUCUGCCCGCGUUACCUGCAUCUCUGCCCACGUCGCAACCUACGUCGCAGCCCGGGUCGCUGCCCACGACACUGCCUAUGCAAUAUCCGGGCCCCUCUAAUCCAAUGUAAAGGGUAUUCCCUUGUCGAGGACUCCUCGGGAAUUCGAACGGUUCACGAGGUGGGGCGAUGGGAUGGUGGCGCGUUCAUUCGCCGUCUCGCCACCACGGACACAACGUACAAAGGGUUCGCGAACGGACAAGCAAACUGGACACCGCGUAAAAUAAUUAGGAGGCGUAAGGUAAUUAAGUGUAGCUCGCACAUGAUACACAACGGCCUGUGAUAAGCGACCGUUAUUAAACGGAUCGUUCGUGGAUUGCAGAUAUCGUGGAGAAAGAGAAAACGCUCUGAUCUCACGCUAAUCUCGUCGGGUUCACACGUCCACAGCGUUUCCCGUUAAUAUGACGGUCGUGCUUCGAUAUUUUACGUUCUGCAUUCGGCACACCGUUAAUUCCGCAAGAGUCCACGCCGGAAGCGAAUGUCGAAUGCGGACUGCAUGGAUGCCUUCGCACUUGGCAAUUCCGAAUGGAAUCUAAAUGUACGCUCGCAUCGUGUGUAUCUAGAUAUUCAUGCAGCCUAUUACACGAUCGUGUUUCGUAAUUGUACCUGGAUAUUAGGAGGAAUUUGAGGGGAAGAGUUAAAAAUAGAGAAUUUGUUUGACUAUCUCGAUAAUAGAGAUUCGACCGUCUGCGCGAAAUUAGAGAGGUACGCGCGUGUAGUCUUGACGCUAGCUUUAAGAUAGGGAUAGUAUCCGAAAAUAAUCGAGUUAUCCAAACAAAUAUAUAUUAACUCUUUUCACGGCAUGCAAAAGUGCUUUUUUUCUUAAGUAAUUUACAAAGAAAAUUAUCCCGCAAUUAUGGCAUAUUGCACGGAUUUAUUAUCUCCAUCGGCACAAAACGACGUCGUAAAUUAACCGCGAGAAGCGUCGUAAAUUUCACUUUGCCUUUACCGCAACUGUUUCAAUUCCUCUGUCACAUCUACACACACGCGCGCCUAUUAUAUACAUAUAUGAAUAUACAUUAAAUGUAUAUUGUGUUUAAUAUAUAAAUAAUAAAGGUGCGCGCACAGCAUUCGUAGCUGAAGAGAUAAUUGAACUCGGACCAGAUUCAAUUCCAAACAAAGAGAGAUUGAAAUUGAACGUUGGACGGUUGAAAAUUUUGGAUAUCGCUCGUAAUGUCACUAGUCAACUUAAUUUACGGCGCUCGUAAACGUACGAUGCACACUGGUAAGGUGUACACGUGACGAUGGAACGUAUUAGGUGUAGACGAAAAGUGCGCAUGACAUUACACAAAUUACUCUUUCUUCCGUUUGUUGUGAUUAAUCGUUAGUUGUCUGUAUCGACAUUAUCCGCGCGUGCGGAAAGCACAUACUUUCAUGUCCGUUACGACGCGCGCCUUUUUCUUUUUCAUUGUUUCUUCAAUCUAAUUGUCCUUCCUAACAAAUCGGUAAGAAAAUCCAUCGUGUCGGUCCAUUGGAGCGUCUUUUCUCUUAUCGUCUUUUCUCUUAUCAUCGCGAAAAAGCCAAUAAGUGAGUAUUCAUAAUCAGACGAUUACAAUGAGAUGGAGAAAAUAGCGGCAAUUGAAACAUGACUGAUCUCUUUUGUAAGGUCGUAUCUCGACUUUACACAAUUUCCGGUUUUUCUGUUCAAACGCUCGUUCUGGUCCUAAAUAAGCGUUUGAACAGGAAAAACUGAAAAUUGCGUAAAAUCGAGAUACGAUUUUGCGAAAGAGAUCAAGUCGGAACCGCUUACGUACGUAAAUAGCGCAGACCUUUCUGUUAAUAUAGUAUAUUAUAAAUACAUGCAUUUGUAUAUAAACGUGGUGCAAACAAAAUGAAGUCAUAAGUUAUGAAAUUAAAAGGGAUACGUGCCUUAAGGUAAAAUGUAGAUCGAAUACUGGAUAAUGUCGAUAUGAGGAUAAUCAUUUCUAAUUCGAUACUUUACUAGAAAUGGCACAAUAUAAUGUUACAUUUGUUAAUAGCAGAGCAAGUGUUGCUUGAAAUAUUACGAUAACGUCCGCGAAGUCUAUAUUUUCCCUAGACUUUUCGUAUAUUUCUUAUAGCGAAUAUUUACACGAAGAAAAUGGUGAUCGCAUCGACGGGACGCUAUCUCCAUAAUUUUUAAAAUUAGUAGACGACAUCGUUCAUUGUUUUAUAACAUGAGAAAAGUAACGAUGUAAUAUUUAAAUCUCCGAUAUAAUAGUUAGGAAUAAAUCUUAUCUGUUAUAAUCCUCUUUUAUCUAUAAGAAUGUUUUUCUAUUGCAAUCCAAAAACUGUCCAGUCUUUUUUUGGAUUAUAUUGUUAUAGUAAACGCCGCUUUCGUGGACGAGAGAUCCUGCAUUUUUAAUUCAUUCUUUAAAUACAAAGUGAUAUUGUUAACGUAAUAUUUAUAGAGAUGUGAUUCGUUUCUGUACAGUAUUUUAUAAUAAUAAUAAUAACGCUUCUGUACAGUAUUUUAUAAUAAUAAUAACGUUUCUGUACAGUAUUUUAUAAUAAUAAUAGCAUGUAUUGUAAUAAUAUAAUUUCCUUUUUGUAAAUAGCCGCAUAUAUUCGCGCAAAGAAACUAAGUAAAAUUUUCAAUUGUCCGAGCCAUCUCUUUGUCAAUUCUUAAUAAAUUAUAUAUCUUUUACUCGCCUAUUGACGAAUAAUCUAUCAUUUAAACAUACACAAUUUUAUACAGUCGCUACGUUGCUUUAUAAUAAAAAAGAAUUGACUC